CUUUUAUUUUUUUCUUGUUGGGUACGGGUUUGAUUCUUUUAGAGAAGGUGGGUUUUUUUUUUUUUUUUUUUGUUGGGUGGUGGUAAAAAGGUUGUUUUGGAGAUAAAUUCAGAAGAGCCAGCAUUUACUUAUUCUUAUCAUGGUCGAUAAUCGUGAUGGAAAGAAGUGAGCCGGCGUUAGUACCAGGAUGGUUGAAGGGCACAUCCGGAGGCAUAACUGGCAGUGGUGGUAAUCUCCACCAUUUUGCAUCUUCUCUGCAGUCUGGUGAUCAUUCAGUUGCAUUGACUGGCAGAAGCAGAUCAACCAUUAGUUCUAACGAUCAUGACACUCCCCGAUCUUCCACUUCCAUGGAAAGAACCUCAUCUACAUACUUCCGCAGGAGUUCAAGUAGUAAUGGUCAUAUGAUGCAUGACAAGGACUCCCGCUCUUACAGUAGUUUUGGUAGGAGCCAUCGGGACAGGGAUCGGGAGAAGGACCUUGAUUAUCGUUUUGGUGAUCGUGACUAUUCUGAUUCUUUGACAGUUACAAGUAGGAUUGAGAAAGAUUCAUUAAGACGUUCACAGUCCAUGAUUUCAGCAAAGCGUGCUGAGAUGUGGCCUAGAAGAGUAGGCAAUGGCAUGGGCAACGGUUUGCUUGUUGGGGGUAGUAUCACAAGUAACGUCCAUAAAUCUGCAUUUGAAAGAGACUUUCCAUCACUCGGAGCAGAAGAAAAACAAGGGGUUCCUGAAGUUGGCAGAGUCUCUCCUCCCAUUUCGAGCACUGCUUCUCAAAGCUUGCCAGUGGGUACUUCAGCUGUAAUUGGCAGCGAUCGUUGGACCUCGGCCUUAGUAGAGAUACCUGUCAUAGUUGGAAGCAAUAGCACGGCACUUUCACCUGUUCAACAAACCACGCCAGCAAAUUUAGCAACCGUGCCCCCAAGCACAACAACUGGCCUCAAUAUGGCUGAGACGUUAGCUCAGGUCCCUUCAAGAGCUCGUACCAUUCCACAGUUAUCUGCUGAGACUCAAAGGCUGGAGGAAUUGGCACUCAAGCAAUCUCGGCAGUUGAUCCCCGUCACGCCUUCAAUGCCUAAAACCUUGGCUCUCAACUCUUCAGAGAAACCGAAACCCAAGGCAACAAGAAGUGGUGAGUUGAGCACUGUGACUAAGGUUGGAUCACAGACCUCAACAUCUCAGCUUGGCAACCUUGCUCUCCGCUUGCCAGCUAGAUCCGAUCCUUCCAAGACACCUCAAGUUGGGAAGCUUCAUGUCCUCAAAGGUGCACGAGAAAAGAACGGUGCAUCUCCGACUGCUAAAGAGAGUCCAAGUCCGACAAAUGCCGGUAGAGCUUUGCUUGGCGUUGCUCCAUCAGCUGCAUUUGCUCCCCUGAGGAGCCCCAAUAAUCCAAAGCUUGCUGCUGAUCGCAAGGCAGCUGCCCUGUCCGUGAUGCAGAGCACCUCUGCAGAUAGAAGGCUACCUUCUCAAGCUCGGAGCGAUUUCUUCAAUUCUAUAAGGAAGAAAACCUCGGCAAACCACUCAGCUGCUACCCCAGAUGCAAGCCUGAUGGGACCAACCAUCUCAGAGAAGUCUGAUGAACAAACCACAGGCUUUAAUGUUUCUGUCAGUGAUGGAAAGGAUGCUCCCACAUCAGCUUCUAGUUUGGGUUGCUCAACCGAGAAUGGCAGUGGGCCAGGUGGCAAUUGUGAUUCCUCUGAGGAGUUUGAGCCUUGUGGAGAGAAGAACUCAAGUUCAGAUGCAGUUGACCUGGAUCAGGAGGAGGUUGAAUUCCUGCGAUCUCUUGGAUGGGAGGAAAAUGCAGGGGAAGAAGCUCUGACAGAGGAGGAGAUCAAUGCUUUCUAUCAGGAGUACAUUAAGAAGAGGCCAUCUUCUAAACUAUGCAGAAGGAUGGAGCGGUCGAAGAUAGUGCCGCUUGAAUCUCCUAUGGGCAACGUGGGUGGUGCUUCCUCUGGAUUGAGCUCAGCCGACCCGGAACGCCAAGCAUGAUUGCUUGUUAAAUUUUACCACCAUCUGGUUCCUUGAGUUCCACCAUAUGUGCUCUGAUGAUGGCAAAUGUUUUCUUUUUCAUUGAUAUUGAAAUUGAGAGAGAGAGAGAGAGAGAGAGAGAGAGAGAGAGGGUGGUGGGCCUGGGGUGUUUUUUUACCCUCCCUCUGUUUACCAAGUGAAUUCAAAUAAGUGACAGUGCUUCGGUCAUGAGUUUCUCUGUGGUGUGCUCUUCUGCACUGUCAAACAUGGGCUACUUUUUUCAAGGAAGUUUCCAUGGCAUCAAGGUAUAGGAAACAGGGCAGGUAUUUUGGUCCA